GGAGCCGGCGGCGGGCAGAUGGCGGAGUGCGGGCCGCAACCCCCCGGGGCUGGAGGCGGCGGAGGAGGAGGAGGAGGAGGCGGAGGCGGUGGGAGCGGAGGUGCCGGGGCGCCCAGCCGGCACGAGAAGAGCCUGGGGCUGCUCACCACCAAGUUCGUGUCGCUGUUGCAGGAGGCCAAGGACGGCGUGCUGGACCUGAAGCUGGCUGCAGACACCUUGGCAGUGCGACAGAAACGACGAAUCUAUGAUAUCACAAAUGUCCUGGAAGGGAUUGGGCUGAUUGAGAAGAAAUCAAAGAACAGUAUCCAGUGGAAAGGGGUGGGUCCUGGCUGCAACACACGUGAGAUUGCUCACAAACUCAUUGAGCUGAAGGCAGACAUAGAGGACCUGGAGCAGCAGGAGCAGGAGCUGGAGAAGCAGAAGAUGUGGGUUCAGCAGAGCAUCAAAAAUGUCACAGAAGAUGUGCAGAACAACUGGCUAGCUUAUGUGACACAUGAAGAUAUCUGCAAGUGCUUCACAGGAGACACCCUCCUUGCCAUUCGAGCCCCAUCAGGCACACGCCUCGAGGUUCCCAUCCCUGAGGGCCCGAGUAGGCAGAAGAAAUACCAGAUCCAUCUGAAGAGCACCAGUGGUCCAAUUGAUGUUCUCUUAGUAAACAAGGACGCUUGGAGCUCUCCUCCAGUAGUGCUACCCGUCCCACCCCCUGAAGACCUCAUCCAGUGCCAGGCAGUAGCACCCUCAAAACCACAGAUCCCGCCGCUCGCCCACUUCCAAGAGGCAUCUGUUCCCAGCAGCACCCAGCCCUCAACGCCAACACCUUCCAGCACUCAGGAUCACAGCCCUCCUGAGCAGAAAGACACGAGCACAGAAUGCAGCAUCUCAGUGGUGGAGUCCAAGAGCAGCAGUGACCUCGACCCCCUCAGCAAUGUGUCUGCACCCAGCAGCCAGACAGCCAGGCUGGACACACAGCUGCUGCAGUCCUCUGCCUCUCUGGACAGCAGCUCUGUCCUACCCAGCCCCUCUGCCUCCUUUGAGCCAAUCAAACCUGAUCCUGCAGGAAUGCUGGAGCUUCCCAAAGAGCUGUCAGAGAUGUUUGAUCCAACGAGAGAAUGCAUGAACUCUGAGCUGCUGGAGGAGCUGAUGUCAUCUGAAGUGUUUGCUCCCUUGCUCCGCCUCUCCCCCCCUCCUGGAGAUCACGACUACAUCUACAACCUGGAUGAGAGCGAAGGCGUCUGCGACCUCUUCGACGUGCCUGUCCUUAACCUCUGACUCCUCAGCGUGGCUGUGAGCCUCGCACACACAGACCCUUUUGUAACUCUUUGGAAAGCAUCUAUUUUUGGAUUCCUUUUGUGCUAGAGCUCGACGAGUGAGCGAAUCAGAGAUACUCUCCUAUGAACUCAGAACCAAGAGAUGUGGACUCGGGGGCCGGGAGCCUCCCCGUCACUUCUUUCUCCUCCUGUCUCUCACGUGCAAGGACUGAGCUCGCCUCGCUGCGUCUCCCUCUUCACUGGAUUCUGGGCAUCGCUUCAGAGGGUCUGUGAUUUGUUGAGUUUGCCCGGGUGCCUCUCCAAGCUUCCUCAAAUCUGCAUGCCUUGGUUUUCCUGCACUCCUAGAGGCACUUUGCACCUCCUAGGUACCAGCUGCUACACGGAGCCCUGAUAGCACGAUCGGUUCACAAGCCCGGAGGUAGUUAGUUUCAAUGGGGGUGGUUGUAUCCUAGAAUGACAUCAACAAAAAGCAAACCAACGGCACCAAAAGGUCCAUUUGUUCCAGUGACUCCAAUCCAAGCUAGUUUGUUUGACAAGACAAAGCACUUUUCUCUGUUGGCUGCCCCUCCCAGUAGGACAGUAGCUGAGCUGAGAGUUUCCCUGCUGUGCUUCAGCAGGAAUGCCUGGUUCUGCCGUGGUGGUUGCUCACCUGAUGCACAGCCCAACAGCUGUGCUGUUCCUACAGGGCUGAAGAAGGGUGCCAGUAUUAAUGUUUUCUUCUUAUGAGUUGCUUGAAAGGUUAAGACUGAUCCAGCUGGUGCCUUUAAGGUAUUCCAAGUACAUCAGACGCCGCUCGCAUUACAUCUAGCUAUUCUCCAGCAUUGCACUUGAGCCUUCAACUGUUGUAAAGGCGACCAAGCAGGAAUGAUUCAGCAGUACUUUGCCACGACGAGUUUCACAAGUGUUGUCAAAAUAGUGUUUUGUUCCCCCCCCUGUUUUUUUUCCUCCUUAGCAUGUGCUCAGGGUCGGCCUUCCUAUGGAUAUGAAUUUGCUCUGGUGUUCAUACUGUGCUCCCUGAGCCUGUAGGCAGGUUGCUGCACAGCACAAUAAUGCCUUUCUGUAUCUUUUUGGUCAUGAGAUUGCUCUUUAAUGGAAGGUCUGUUGAGGUGGCUUUGGAGUGUUUUGUUUUUCUUUCUUUCUUUUUGAUGAGCAGCCCUGUGCAUUUCUUUUCUUUUUUUUUUUGCUGUUGUU